AUGUUGAAGUCGGUAACUCGAGCGCCAAUACGGCGACUGCUAGAGGUUUCCGUUCGGCGGUAUUCUUUACAAACAGGUUUUGUUCCGGGAUUGGCUUCGCUUAACUGCCGCGCAAUAGGAGUGCACCCAUAUCCCUGGGCUCGUUUGCCUUUUGAUCGUGUCAAAUACGUACCAAUAGUGCGUAAUUUUCAUGUAUUUUCCAGGAGGCUUGCUGAGGCCGAGGGAAAGAACAGGAAUUCGAGAGACCAGAUGAUAGCUCAAGGGUCAAAUUUCAUCCAGAGGAUCUAUUACAGGAUGAAGUGGGUUUUGCUCCGUCAGAAUAGGCCUUUUAAUGUGGAUGAAAUUUCAGCCUUUAUAUCAUGGGUAUUGAUGGGUCAUUUUGCAUGGAUUGCGAUUGGAACUACGACAUUUUUUGGGUUGAUAUUCUACGCCUUAAACUCAAUCUUCGACAAUAACGAUGGGUUGAAGGAUAACCGUUUGGCCCAAAGUUUACUGAAAAGACUCAUUUCGUUUGACACGAACCUGAACAUAACGUUCAAUGACGAUACUUUCAAGUCGAGCUGGAAAAACGGAAUGAUCUGUCUUGACGACUUGAAGGUGACGGCCCAGCUUCCCUCUACCAAGUUUGAUGUUACACUAGACACACUCAGACUCAAUCUUUCCUUCCGCAAGUGGUCUGAGGGUAGGGGUCUGAUUCACGAUGUUGAACUGAUAGGACUCAGGGGAGAUGUCACGAGAAUUUAUGAGGAAACAGGUAUGGUUGAAGAGGUAUUGUCUUCUAAGUAUGAGUUGAAAUCGGUAAAGAUCAGAGACUCUUAUUUGAAUAUUCAGUCUGAAAACUCACAGAAGAAGAUAAAGGUAUCUAUUUUCAACAGCGAGUUACCACGUCUAAGACUUCGCUGGCUCACCUACGAUUUCUUCAGCGCGGACAGUUGCACUGGAGCCAUUGAUGGCUCUCUGUUCACGAUACACAAGCGUCAAGACAGCUUUGCACAUUUCAAGGCUCUGGAUGGGUCUGGAGCAAAGGAAGCCGACUUGAACAAUCCUUGGAAGAAGAUAUCUCGUCUGAGAAUAGAUCAGCUGGAUCUUUCUGAGCUAGACAAAAAGUCCAAGCUUAAUUGGAUCCAAAAAGGCAAGGUAGAGGUCACUGCAGAUAUGAUGCUUCCUAACGAAGAAGACAUGGAAGCAAUGGGUUCAAGCGGAGAUAGGUCAAUAUUCGGAGAUAUCAUGUCUGGAUUUACAUCCAUGUGGUCUGAUCAUGAAUCGCCAGAAACAAUUUUGGCAGUACAACCGUCUUCCAACAAAUACGUUGUGUUUGACAUUAAAGUUCAGUUCCAAGACCUGAAGGCAGGAUAUCCACUGGAGACCCCAACUUCUGGGGUGACCGGGCUUCCAUACGUAUCCUCGGAUGAUCUUAGGUCCUUGAUCACUUUUAUCAAUGAUAAGUCCUUGGGUCAAGCCAUGGAUGAGAUCAACCACAAUGACAUAAAUCCAUUUGACAGUUCUGAUAUCGAAGUGGAUGGAGUUGAAAACCCAAUGACAGAGUCCCUGAUCACGUCCUCGUCCUCCAUGCCUGUCAUGGGAUCGAAAGCGUCUUUCCCUCCCAUUAAAUUCAAACUGGUUAAAAACUUGAACCAAUUUGAACAGUUUGAUCCGGUCAGUCUAGUCAAACUCAAGAGCUCUGGCCGGAGCAAAAAAACCGCCGAUCCUGUUCAUAGCAUACACCAAGACGGUACCGACGAGUUUGUGGAUAGUGUGAUGCAAGAGAUACUGUCGCAAAUGCUUCUUUUUAAAGAAGAGACACAGUCUAGGCUCAUAAACAAUUAUUCAAAAAGAAGCAACAUGGAGAUUCUUUUCAGCAAUCUUAUCUUCGGAAACUUGAUCUUGGUGGGCCUAGGAGCUUUUAUGAUAUAG